AUGGAGUGGCAUCUCAUCGACGACUCUUACAGAAUCAGGGUAAAGCAAAUGCCCGAAGUAUCCACAAAGCGGGAAUUGAUAUCAGCCAUUUUCUUGACUUUCGACCCUCUCGGUAUUUGCCUUCCAGUGAUGUCAGGAGCGAGGCUCCUGUUUCAAUAUAUCCAUCGAUUAGAGCGCGAGAAGAAAAUGCCUCGUGGCUGGGACCACCCAUUGCCUGAAGAAAAUCUGGCAAAGUGGAAAGAAUGGACGAAAGGACUGAACAAGCUGUCUCUUAUGUAUGCCAGCCGCGGCUUCCGCCCGACCGAAUUUCCUCUCGACAAAUCAGUGUUUACGCUAAUUAUUUUUGCAGACGCCUCAUCAGUAGCAUACGGAGCCGUUGCUUAUCUUCGCGUGAAUUACGGAAGCAGAACGCACGUCAGUUUUAUUAUGGAAAAGGGCCGCCUCGCGCCUCUCACCCCUAUUACGAUUCCACGACUCGAGCUAAAAUCCGCCGUCCUGGCUGUUCAAAUCUCAGCAAUUAUCAAGAAGGAGCUUCGGCUCAUCAUCUCCGCGACGGCGUUUUAUUCGGACUCAGAAAUAGUGCUACAUCAGUUGCGCACCAGGCGCCCUCGUCAAACAGCGUUCGUCACGGGAAGAAGAAAUGAAAUUCUUGCACACUCGUCGGCAGACCAAUGGCAUUAUGUCUGCAGCGAAGACAAUCCCGCAGACGCUUGCACACGGGGCGUUGUUCCAAAAGAUUUUGGGCCAGACUGUCAAUGGAUCACAGGACCUAGAAUUUGUCGGAUCCAGCGUUCGUCCCAGUAG